AUGAAUAAAGACACUGCUUUGCAAUAUCUACACAACGCACUUCAGCCAGAUGGAAAUAUUCGUGCCGAAGCUGAAAGAGCGAUUAAGUCUUUUAUUCAAUCCAGCUUUCAGGACUCUCUGACAUUGUUCAUUCAAAUAAUCUUUGACACGUCUGUUCCUCAGCCAAGCAGACAAAUUUGCUCAAUCAUUGUGAAGAACUGCCUGCAUUCAAAAAACCAGAGGUUGCAAAAGAGCUAUGAAUCCAACUGGCUUUCAUGUCCUAUUGAGUUCAGAUCAAACUUUAUUAGUCUUUUGAACAAAAAUCUUGACUGUAAGGAACAGAGCAUAUUUUCUAACAUAACGAAAAUAUACGGUUCCAUCAUCAGAAUUGAAACAUCAAAUAGAACAGGCAUAGAUAUUUUAAAAACCCUGCAGGCUGGCAUUUCAAAUCAAAGCUUUGCAGUGGGUAUUUUAGAGUCCAUUGCGCAUGCAUGUGAUCAAUUGUACGAGGAAACAUUGUAUGAAUUUGGAAAUGAAAAGCAUGACAUCUUUAAUAUCAGCAUGUUUUACUUAAAGCCUGGCGCAGGUCCAUCUAGAAACAUUAUAUUUUCAACUCUUCGUUGCAUUUUAAGCUGUCUUGAGGUUUUUGAGGAUAUUUUAAGCUCUGAAAAUGCCAGGCAUGAGUUUAUUUAUAAGAUUUUUGCCACAGAGAAGCCUGAUUCUGAAGUGCUAGAGAUUAGUCUUGAGGUAAUUAAUAGAUUUGUCGAUGUAUAUAGCUGCUUGACUGAUAGCGAGUUAAUGCCUAUUUGCCAGUUUUAUCUGUCAUAUUUUGACAGCAAACACGACGAGGUUCCUCUUCAGAUAUUUGACUUUUGGUCUUUGCUGUUGGAGCUGGAAAAAUACACGAUUUUAAAGCCGCUUGUAUCAACACUUGUGCCCAACCUGCUGCUGUGUAUAACAAAAGAAGACGUUUGUGAUUUAUCGCCUUCUCCACACAAGGCAGCAUGCUCACUUUUGAUGGAUAUUACCUCGAAAAUGAAAAUUUUACUGCUGAGCGACCAAAUGUACCAGAACUUUAUUUUGAACAACCUUAGUUCAUCAGAAUUAGAGAAGCACGCAAUCGGAGCAACUGCGCUUGGCUGUAUCUGCACUGCUGGCUCUGAUGACUUUCUGUACCAAGUACUUCCAAUAUUGAUAAAUGAUCUGGGACAUGAUGAAUGCGUCAAUGAGGCAUUGUUUGCUAUUGCAAGGGUGUGCGAAAACGAUAUAUCACUAGCCGUUAAUUUUCUCCCAACAAUCAUACAAAAAGUUGGCAUUUUGAUAGAGUCAAGAACUAAAGUUGCAGUGAACGCAGUGCUCGUUUACAACUCAAUACUAUUGUCCAUGAAGGCUGAUAUUGUUAAAGAAGUUGAAAACAUUGUGCUUUUCCAUUAUUCUGACAUUCUGUCUAUCCUCGUUUAUAGGCUAGACCAGGCAGAGCCCAGUGAAUAUGAACUAAGAUCAGUUCUAAACUUGACUCUAUCAGAACUAAUCCUGUGCUGCCCAAGCAGUCAUAAGAACAUUCUUGACCAGCUUCAAAGCUAUCUUCUCACGAAAGUGAAGUCUGCAAUCCAAACAGUCAAAACGUCCGUAGACCAGCAGUUUUUAGUUUUUGAUGAUGUUUUGUGCAGCUACAUUGUACUUCUUGAGUCAUGUUUGAGUAUGAAGAAGAUAUUUGAUGCCGACGAAAUAGCUGAAGUCUUUAUACAGUGUCUUUUGUUACCCAAGAUGCUUGUUCAAGGAGAAAUUUACAUUGUGAUCUCAAAGCUUUUAACUCACUUUUCGAUAUAUUUGAAAAGAUUUAUUCCAUUUGCAUUGCGGGACAUCUCUAGUGAUGAAAGCUUUGUUCUCAAAUCAGCGCUUAAUCUCCUUUCUGAUUGCGCCAUUUUAUUAGAAUCGAAUUUCAUUGAAUUUACAAAUACUGUUAUACCAGCGCUAGCGAACGCCAUCACAUCACCUGAUGUGUCCUUAGAAAUCAAGCCCAGGAUCAUUGUGUCACUAGGAGAUAUUGCAUUGGCCGUUGGAAAAAGCUUUGAGCCAUAUGUUUCAUUGUGUGUAAUGUUGCUAACUCAAAUUAACACACUAAGCCGCGAGGGAGACGAGGACUAUGUUGAUAAUUUGCGAAAGGCAGUAAUUCAACUAUUCAGCUGUCUCUUUUUAUCUGUUGGAAAUACCGAUGAAAUGCGUCUAUCCCUAAAUGAAAUACUGAGCAAUAUUAAAGUUGCCAUACAACAUGAUAAAGAAAGUGCAUAUGUAAAGGAGUCUCUUAACAUAAUCUGCGACAUCCAGACUAUUUUUGGAACUGAUAAAAUUACCGAAGACUGGGUAGUUAAGUUUUUGCAUGAGGUUAUAAGGAAUUCUACUGGAAAUACUGGUCAAAAGGCAAAAGAGAUAUUAGAAACGAUAUAUUAA